AUGAUAGAACUUUUAAAAGAAGAUGACGCUCCAAAGAAAAUUGGUCAUAUUCAAUUUGGUUUAUUAUCAGAAGAUGAUAUAGUUAGAUUAUCACAUGUUCAAAUUGUUAAUAGAGAAUUAUUUGAUUUAGUAAAGAGAAAACCAACACCAUAUGGUGUAUUAGAUAAUAAAUUGGGUACAAGCGAUAAACAAGCAAUGUGUACAACAUGUGGAUUAAGUAUUGUCGAUUGUGUUGGUCAUUUUGGAUAUAUUAAAUUACAAUUACCAGUUUUUCAUAUUGGAUAUUUAAAGAAUAUUAUGAACAUUUUACAAAUGAUUUGCAAGAGUUGUUCAACCAUUCUAUUGAAUGAAGAGAAGAAACAAUAUUAUCUAAGAAAGAUGAGAAAUAAAAAGAUGGAUAAUCUACAAAGGAAGUCAUUAUUGAAAAAGAUAUUUUUAGAGUGUAGAAAAACCAAAGAAUGUUUGAAAUGCGGUUCAACCAAUGGUAUGAUUAAAAAGAGUGGUGCAUUCAAGAUCAUUCAUGAAAAGUAUAAAGGAAAGACAGAGUCAUUGCAAGACUAUUACGCAUUGUAUGAUGACGCCAUUAAAUACAAUCCAGAGAUGAAAUCACAUAUAAAGAAAGCACAAGACGAUUUGAACCCAUUGGUGGCCUUGAACUUGUUUAAAAAGAUCUCUUAUCAAGAUAUUGAAAUUAUGAAUAUGGAUCCAGUGAUUGGUAGACCUGAAAGAUUGAUCCUAACCUAUAUGUUGGUGCCACCGGUAUCAAUUCGUCCAUCGGUACCAAUGGAUGGUGGUAGUGGCACCAAUGAGGAUGAUUUGACAAUGAAACUAUCAGAGAUAUUGCAUAUCAAUGAACAUAUUAGAUCCAAUGUGGAUAGAGCAGAGAUGUCUGCAAUUAUGGAGGAUUGGGAUUAUUUACAAGCAUCAUGUGCAAUCUAUAUCAAUUCAGAUGUUCCAGGUUUACCAUUACAAAUGAAACCAACCAAAGCAGUACGUGGUUUAUCACAACGUCUCAAGGGUAAGACAGGCAGAUUUCGUGGUAAUCUAUCGGGUAAACGUGUUGAUUUCUCUGGUCGUACUGUAAUUUCACCCGAUCCAAAUUUAAAUAUCGAUGAGGUUGCAGUACCACAAUUGAUUGCAUUGACAAUGACUUAUCCUGAACGUGUAACCGAUUAUAAUAUUGAACGUCUUCAAAAGUAUGUUAUCAAUGGUCCAGAUCGUCAUCCAGGUGCAAACUAUAUCAUCUAUGCCGAUGGUGUAAAGAAAUGGUUGAAAUUUGGUAAUCGUGAAAAGUUUGCAGCAGAAUUGAAAAUUGGUGAUAUCGUGGAACGUCAUAUUAUCGAUGGUGAUAUCAUGUUGUUCAAUCGUCAACCUUCACUUCAUAAACUUUCGAUUAUGUCUCACAAAGCAAGAGUUAUGCCAUGGAGAACACUUCGUUUCAAUGAAUGCGUUUGUACACCUUACAAUGCAGAUUUCGAUGGUGAUGAAAUGAAUAUUCAUUUACCACAAACAGAGGAAGCCAGAGCAGAGGCAACCAUUCUCAUGGGUGUCACUAACAAUUUGAUCACUCCAAGAAAUGGUGAACCAUUGGUUGCAGCAACUCAAGAUUUUCUUACUGCUUCCUAUUUGAUUUCACGUCGUGAUGCUUUCUAUGAAAGAUACCGUUUCGCUCUAAUGUGUACUCACUUUGCAGAUGCAAAUGAACAUAUCGAUUUACCACCACCUGCCAUUUUGAAACCAGUUGAACUUUGGACAGGUAAACAAAUUUUCGAAGUACUCUUACGUCCAUCGGUCAAAUCACAUGUUUUAUGCAAUUUUGAAACUCGUUCACGUACCUAUUCAAAGAAUCUCUAUAUGUGUCCAAAGGAUGGUUAUGUUUAUUUUAGAAAUUCCGAAUUAAUGUGUGGUUCAAUCGAUAAAUCAAUCAUUGGUGGUGGUAAUAAGAAUUCAUUGUUUCAUAUUCUCAUGAGAGAUUUCUCACCAACCAUAGCUGCCAAUUGUAUGACACGUUUAGCAAAACUUUGUGCUCGUUUCCUUGGUGAUCAAGGUUUUUCAAUUGGUAUACCCGAUAUUAAACCAGCCGAAGAUUUAGAUAGAAAGAAACGUGAAAUCAUUGAAACUGCCUACAAGAAAUGUGCAGUAUUCUUAAAGGAUUAUGAAAGUGGUAGUUUACAAUUAAGUAGUGGUUGCUCGAUGGAACAAACAUUUGAGGCGAAAAUGAAUCAAACUCUAUCACAAAUUCGUGAUGAUUGUGGUAAGCUUUGUGUUAAUGAUUUACCAAAUUACAAUUCACCAUUGAUUAUGGGUCUAUGUGGUUCAAAAGGUUCAAACAUUAAUAUUGCUCAAAUGAUCUGUUGUGUAGGUCAACAGAUUGUCAAUGGUACUCGUAUUCCAAAUGGUUUCACCAAUAGAACUACACCACAUUUCAAACAUUUUGCAAAGAAUCCAAAAUCAAAAGGUUUCGUUUCAAAUAGUUUCUAUACUGGUAUGAUUCCAACAGAAUUCUUUUUUCACACUAUGGGUGGUAGAGAGGGUUUGGUAGAUACUGCUGUAAAAACUGCUGAAACUGGUUAUAUGCAACGUCGUCUAAUGAAAGCUUUAGAGGAUCUUUCAACUCAUUAUGAUUAUACUGUACGUGAUUCAAUUGGUGGUAUUGUUCAAUUCAUUUAUGGUGAUGAUGGUUUAGAUCCAGCAGGUAUGGAAGCAAAAGAUAGACCUGUAGAUUUCCUCCGUGCAAUGAUGAGUGUUAAAUCAACUCGUCAAUGUAGAAAUGAACCAGAAAUGAAACCAUUUGAAAUUCGUAAACUCGUUGAAUCCAUUAUUGACAGCUCUAAAUUUGAAGCUUGUACAGAUUUAUUCAAAAAUGAAAUUAGAGUUUUCUUUAAUGGUAAUGAAAAAACAAAAGGUUAUAUUCAAGAAUUAAUUAGUUUACGUAAACAAUUUAAAUUAUCAUCUUUUGAUUUAAAUGAUAAUGAAGAUGAAAUUAUUAUUGAAGAUAAUUCUCCAAUGGAUAUUAGUACUACUACUACUACUACCACCACCACCACUACAAAUAAUGCAGUUAAAAUAACUAAUAUCACCACAGAUAUUGAAAUGAAUGAAAGUAAUAAAGAAGAAAAUGAUAAAAUUGAAAAAGAAAGAAUUGAAAAAGAAAAAGAAUCAAAAAGAUUAAAAUUAUUAGGUGAACGUUUUGCAAAUGAACAUGUUGUAAAUCAAAUUCAUAGAAUUACUAAAACUCAAAUCGAAUUAUUUUUAGAUAUUUGUUUAGAUAAGUACAGUAGAGCUAGAAUUGAACCAGGUACAGCAGUUGGUGCAAUUGGUGCUCAAUCAAUUGGUGAACCAGGUACUCAGAUGACUUUGAAAACUUUCCAUUUUGCUGGUGUAGCUUCUAUGAAUGUAACAUUGGGUGUACCUAGAAUUAAAGAGAUUAUCAAUGCCGCUAAAAACAUUUCAACUCCGAUCAUUACCGCAAGUUUAAAUUGUGACUAUGAUAUUAGAUCUGCAAGAAUUGUAGCUGGUCGUAUUGAAAAGACUACAUUGGGUCAUGUUGCAACACACAUUAAAGAGGUGGUAAAAAGAGCAGGUUGUUAUCUUUCAAUUAAAAUCGAUAAAAACUUUGUAGAUUCAUUACAAUUGGAAAUCAAUUCAAAAACUAUCAGUCAAUCAAUUGCCUCCACCAAAGGUUUGAAAUUAAAACCCGAACAAAUCACUACCAAUGGUGAUUACAAACUUAGAAUCGUACCUCCAGCCAAUAUCAGAGAGGGUUCUUUAUAUUAUUUACAAUUCUUAAAGAAUAAUUUACCAGCAGUAAUUGUUAAAGGUAUUCCAACGGUCAAUCGUGUUGUCAUUUCAAAGGUUGAUGAAAAACAAGAACGUUAUCAACUUUUGGUCGAAGGUUAUGAUUUACGUGCUGUAAUGGCUACACCUGGUAUCAAAGGUACUCAUACAACUAGUAAUCAUAUUAUGGAAUGUGAAAAUACUUUGGGUAUUGAAACAGCUCGUAAUACCAUUAUGUCUGAAAUCGAUAUGAUUAUGACAAGUCAUGGUAUGUCCAUCGAUAUUCGUCAUGUUAUGUUAUUGGCUGAUCUCAUGUCUUUCAAGGGUGAAAUCUUGGGUAUCACUCGUUUCGGUAUCGCUAAAAUGAAGGAAUCCGUACUUAUGUUGGCUAGUUUUGAAAAGACUACCGAUCAUCUUUUCGAUGCUGCCGUACAUCACCGUCAAGAUGAUAUCGUUGGUGUUUCUGAAUGUAUCAUUAUGGGUGUUGUUAUUCCUUUGGGUACAGGUUUAUUCAAAUUACUCCGUAAAUCAAAUAAAAAUAAUUUACCAAAGAAAUCUUUACUCUUACAAGAUUAA